CCAAAUUUGCAGAUGACUCCAAUCUAUUUAAGGUAGUGAAAUCCAAAAGUGAUUGUGAUUUGCUCCAAAAGGAUCUCGCCAAACUGGGAGGGUGGGCAACAAAAUGGCAAAUGUAGUUCAGUGUUAAGAAGUGUAAAGUAAUGCAUAUUGUGGCAAAAAAACCCACCAACUUCACAUAUAUGCUGAUGUGGUCUGAGCUGCUACUGACCAGGAGAGGGAUCUUGGGGUUAUGGUGGACAGCUCGUUGAAAGUGUCAACUCAAUGUGCGACAGCUGUGAAAAACGCCAAUUCCAUGCUUGGAAUCAUUAGGAAGGGGAUUGAAAAUAAAAAUGCUAAUAUUAUAAUGCCUUUAUACAAAUCUAUGUGGUGGUCACAUUUGAAGUACUAUGUGCAGUUCUAGUCAUCAUACCUCAGAAAGGACAUUAUAGAACUGGAGAAGGUGCAGAAGAGGGCAACCAAGAUGAUCAAGAGCCUAGAACAUCUUCCUUAUGAGAAACCUGACCAUCAGGGACAACCAGGAAAAUGAUCCUUGCAUACCUGAGACAGAAAACCUUAUAAUUCCAUACACUUUGCUUUCUUUGAAGGACAUCAAAGAAGAAAAAGGAUGAAAUUCGAGUUGGCUUCUUUCAGCUGUUUAGAUUUGCUUCUCCAUCUGAGACAAUGAUGAUGGUUUUGGGUGGCAUCUGUGCCCUUUUUCAUGGAGCAGCCCAACCAGCCAUGUUGCUUGUCUUUGGGGCAAUGACAGACACAUUUAUUCAAUAUGACAUUGAAAAACAGGAGCUUAGAGACCCGAACAAAACAUGUGUGAAUAACACUAUCAUGUGGAUCAAUGGUUCCAAUCAGCAAAAUGAAAAUAAUGCAUCUAUAAGUUGUGGGUUGCUGGAUAUUGAAAAGCAGAUGACCCUUUUUGCAAGUUACUAUGCAGGAAUUGGCUGUGCUGUUCUUGUGCUUGGAUACCUUCAAAUCUGCCUAUGGGUAAUGUCAGCUGCUCGACAGACACAGAAAAUCAGAAAAGCCUAUUUCAGGAAAAUAAUGAGGAUGGAUAUAGGCUGGUUUGACUGUACGUCAGUAGGGGAACUCAAUACACGGAUUUCUGAUGACGUGAACAAAAUAAAUGAUGCUAUUGCUGAUCAAGUAGCCAUCUUUAUCCAGCGCUUCACCACCUUUAUUGGUGGAUUCCUGUUAGGAUUUGCCAGUGGCUGGAAGUUGACAUUGGUUAUUAUUGCAGUCAGUCCACUAAUUGGAAUUGGAGCUGGCAUGAUUGGCCUGGCUGUGGCAAAGCUGACUGGUAAAGAAUUAAAGGCUUAUGCAAAAGCUGGCGCCGUGGCUGAUGAAGUGCUCUCAUCCAUCAGAACAGUGGCCGCUUUCGGAGGGGAAAAAAAAGAAGUUGAAAGAUAUGACAAGAACCUGGUGUUUGCCCAAAACUGGGGAAUUAGAAAGGGAAUCAUAAUGGGAUUUUUCACUGGUUUUAUCUGGUGUGUCAUAUUCCUGUGUUAUGCACUAGCCUUUUGGUAUGGUUCAAAACUUGUCCUUGAGGAACAGGAGUACUCUCCUGGCACUCUAUUACAGGUUUUCUUUGGCGUUCUUGUCGGUGCAUUAAAUCUGGGCCAAGCUUCUCCUUGUCUGGAAGCUUUUGCCACUGGCCGAGGGGCUGCUACAAAUAUUUUUGAGACAAUAGAUGCUAAACCUGUCAUUGACUGCAUGUCUGAAGAUGGCUACAAGCUAGAUAAAGUGAAAGGUGAAAUUGAAUUCCAUAAUGUAACAUUCUACUACCCAUCGAGGCCCGAAGUCAAGAUUUUAGAUAAACUCAGUAUGAGUAUCAAGUCAGGAGAAACAACAGCUUUUGUUGGGCCUAGUGGAGCAGGAAAGAGUACCACUGUGCAGCUCAUCCAGCGGUUCUAUGACCCUAAUGAAGGCAUGGUUACUCUAGACGGACACGAUAUUCGCUGCCUUAAUAUUCAGUGGCUGCGUUCUCUGAUUGGCAUAGUUGAGCAGGAACCAGUCCUGUUUGCUACCACCAUUGCAGAGAACAUUCGCUUCGGUCGGGACGAUGCAACGAUGGAAGACAUCAUCAGAGCCACCAAAGAAGCCAAUGCCUACAACUUUAUCAUGGAUCUACCUCUGCAAUUUGAGACCCUUGUUGGAGAAGGUGGUGGCCAAAUGAGUGGUGGCCAAAAGCAACGGAUUGCUAUUGCGCGAGCCUUAAUUCGAAACCCCAAGAUCCUGCUCUUGGACAUGGCUACAUCAGCACUGGACAAUGAAAGUGAAGCUACCGUGCAAGAGGCACUCCAUAAGGCACGGCUUGGGCGCACUGCAAUCUCCAUUGCUCACCGUUUGUCUACCAUCAAAACAGCCGAUGUCAUCAUUGGUUUUGAACAUGGAAGAGCAGUGGAAAGAGGGAAACAUGAGGAGCUGGUGGAACGAAAAGGGGUUUAUUUCACUCUGGUGACUUUGCAGAGUCAAGGAGACAAGGCACUCAUUGAAUCGUCUGUACAAAUAUCUGAACCAAAAUUUGAGAAAGUGCAGUCUUUCAGUAGGGGAAGCUAUCAGUCCAGUUUGAGAGCUUCCAUCCGACAGCGUUCGAGAUCUCAAUUAUCAAAUGUAGUACCUGACCAUCCAAUAUCAAUUGCAGCAGACCAUUCAACUCAUUGUGAAGAAGAUGUUAAGCUAUUUAAAAAGGACUUGAUUGAGGAAAAGGAGGAAAAAAUAGAACCUGCUAAUGCUGCCAGAAUCUUGAAAUACUCUGCCCCAGAAUGGCCAUAUAUGGUCUUUGGAUCCCUUGGAGCAGCCAUCAAUGGGUCAGUCAACCCACUCUAUGCUUUGCUGUUCAGUCAGAUUCUUGGGACCUUUUCUAUGCCUGACAAAGAAGAGCAAAGGUCACAGAUCAACAGCAUCUGCCUACUCUUUGUCUGUGUUGGAGUUGUAUCAUUUUGCACACAGUUCUUGCAGGGAUAUAUGUUUGCAAAAUCUGGGGAGCUGCUUACAAGACGGCUAAGGAAAGUUGGCUUCCAGGCUAUGCUAGGGCAAGAGAUUGGCUGGUUUGAUGACCACUGGAACAGCCCGGGAGCCUUGACGACAAGACUAGCAACUGAUGCAUCUCAGGUUCAAGGGGCAACCGGAACCCAAAUAGGAAUGAUUGUGAAUUCUCUCACCAGUAUUGGGGUGGCUCUUAUCAUUGCUUUCUACUUCAGCUGGAAGCUCAGCUUUGUCAUCCUCUGCUUCUUGCCCUUCUUGGCCUUAUCUGGAGCUGUGCAGUCUAUAAUGUUGACAGGGUUUGCCUCUCAGGACAAGCAAGCGAUAGAAGCUACUGGGCGGAUUUCCAAUGAAGCACUCACAAAUAUCAGGACUGUAGCCGGAAUUGGGAAGGAGAAAAGGUUUAUUGAAACAUACGAGAAAGAAUUGGAAGUCCCCUACAAAGCAGCAAUCAAGAAAGCAAAUGUUUAUGGGGUUUGCUUUGGCUUUGCCCAAUGUAUCUUGUUUAUAGCCAAUUCUGUCUCUUUUCGAUAUGGAGGAUAUUUGGUUGACAAGGAAGGACUUCAUUACAGCUACGUAUUUAGGGUGAUCUCCUCCAUUGUGACCAGUGGAACUGCUUUAGGGAGAGCUUCCUCGUAUACCCCAAAUUAUGCCAAAGCAAAAAUAGCUGCUGCACGCUUUUUUCAGCUGAUAGAUCGGAUCCCCCUAAUCAGUGUUUACAGUGAUCUUGGGGAAAAAUGGGAUAAUUUCCAAGGAAGCAUUGAAUUUAUCAACUGCAAGUUCACAUACCCUUCGCGUCCAGACACCACAGUGCUAAAUGGCCUCUCAGUGUCUGUGAAAUCUGGAGAGACGCUUGCCUUUGUUGGAAGCAGUGGAUGUGGCAAAAGUACCAGUGUCCAACUUCUGGAACGUUUUUAUGAUGCCCAGCAAGGAAGAGUGUUGAUAGAUGGACAUGACACCAAGAAAGUAAAUGUGCAGUUUCUCAGAUCUAAAAUUGGCAUAGUAUCUCAGGAACCUGUACUGUUUGACUGUAGUAUUGCUGACAAUAUUAAAUAUGGCAAUAACACCAGGGAGAUUUCUAUGGACAGUGUGAUAGCAGCAGCCAAGAAGGCCCAGCUACACGACUUCGUCAUGUCACUUCCUGAUAAAUAUGAAACGAACGUUGGCGCUCAGGGAUCAUUGCUCUCACGCGGACAAAAGCAGCGCAUUGCUAUCGCUCGAGCCAUCGUCCGAGAUCCCAAGAUCUUAUUACUAGAUGAAGCGACAUCUGCAUUGGAUACAGAAAGUGAAAAGACUGUACAGGCCGCCCUGGAUAAAGCCAGAGAAGGCCGAACUUGCAUCGUCAUAGCCCACCGCCUGUCUACGAUUCAACAUUCGAACACGAUCGCUGUCAUGUCACAAGGAGUGAUUGUUGAGAAGGGCACCCAUGAAGAACUGAUGGCCAAAGAAGGGGCAUACUACAAACUGGUCACCACUGGUGCGCCCAUUAGCUGAUUGAGAUUAUUGUUCACAGGGAACGCACAAAGGCUGCUAUGACCACGUCAGCAAUCUUUAUGGCUACACAAGAAGACUGAUAUGUUCUACACACUUAAGCAGCCAAAAACACUUUUUGGAAAGCGAUGCCCCGGUGGCCAGGUAGUGACUGAUCUGUUCAGGAUAAAACUUGCAAUGGUAUGAAGAAAGCUGUCAACAUGGAAACUGUGGUGCUGUAGAGAGAGGGCACAGAACCUUAUUUUUUAUUUUUGUCAGCACAGUGUCUGGUUCUGUCAAAAUGUUUUCAUUUGUGGGUUAUUGACCCCAAUUGUAUAACUUCAAUGAAGUCUACAACUACAAAUCCAGAACCCAGAGUCCACAAGCUUAUGGGCUGGGUGGCAUCCAGUCAUGUGUCUCAGUGUUGCUGUAUUCUCAGUUGUGGUUAUGGAAAUACCUAGAGACAAAUGUAAUCUUCAUCCACAGAUAUGGAGGAAGCAUUGUGAGCUGGCCAUGUGUGUCCAUAAAGAAAGACUUCUAUGCAUUACUGUUCUACACAUGGCAUUGAAGGCACUGCUUGUUUGGGCAAAUUAUGAAACAGUAAUUAUAUCCAGCCCCAAUCUAUUGUGUAGAGCCAAUGGAGAUGCAAAUCAAGAUCUGUGUGUUUGCACAUCUGGAUUGCUGUCUGACCCAUUGAACUGCCUGGAUGCAUCUUGAUGUGGAUGGAGAUACAAAUCUCUAUUGGAGAGCACUGACUAUUGAAGUCCACUGAAGAACAUAAGCAGAGUUAAAUUAGGGACAUUGUAUAGAAUCAAGCCCUAAUAAAAGUAUUAUACUACCA